CCACGGGGCCCUUUGUCAGAUACCCUCCUGGCCUAGAGCAACCCUUUCUGUAGCACACACCCCCCCCCCGGGAGAGCACAAAGUGGCGCCUUUUAUUCUGCUCCGUAAAAGCCCUCAUCCAGUCAAGCAGCGAGCCCCACGCGACUAUUUGCUCCCGCCAGCACGCAAGCGCCUCAGAAACCAGCCGCAUAUUUUGUCAGAAAGGGUCUUGGACAAAGCCAACAGAAGGGUCCUUGUUAGCCGGCUGCUCCCUGGAGAGGGAGGGUGGGAAGGGAGAGCGAAGAGGUGGGGUGGGGCCCUCUCCGCUGCCUGUCUCCUCCUUCGUCUGCAGAAGCCAGGGGGAGGCAGCAGCCUGAGCCAGGAGGGGAUCUAGCGACUUUUCUAACACUUUGCAACUCUCCCCGCCUGGGGCAGCGGCGCAGCGCUUCUUCUCGCGCGCGGAGCCGGCCUUGCUGCGCCUGUGGGUUCCUUUGACGCACACGCUGCGGAGAAGCGGCUCUUCAGGACUGCUGGAAACCCUUCAGGAAUCCAGGAGGGGAAGGGCUGUGUGUCUUUUUAGGGGCAGCCAAAGCGGGGAGGAGGAGGAGGAGGAGAGACUCGUCCCCAGGGAGCGUCCCCACGCCUGACCUCCCAUACCCCGGGCUUCUUCAGUGCAAGCCGGUGUGAGGGACGGGAAGGGCUCACCCCGCCCCAGUCGACCCUGCACAGCCGCGCGGGGCAAAGAGGGGAUUCUUAAAGCUGCUUUCCCCAGGAAAAGGCGGCGCGAGGCUGAAGGAGGAGAGAGAGCGCCGAAGGAAGCGCUCGGAGUGGAUGGUCCCCAAGCUGCUGCAGCUCAUCCCUUUCGGGGAGAGCUCUCGGCCACCAGCCCCUCCUCGGAAGGAGACGGCGCGGAGGACCCCGCGGCAGGGGCAACAGCAGCUCACCCGAUAAGGAGAAGCUAAUACCAGACAAUACUUUUCAAAUAACUGAAGAACAUCAGGGGAAUUAAAGGGAGAUUUAUUUUAUCUCCAUAAAGGGAAAAGACCUUUCCCUGGCAAACCCAUGAACCCUUUAUUCUCUCUCCAUGGAUAAAGGACACUCAUUACCUCAAGAUUUCUGGGAGCUGUUGCAUUGCCUGAGGAUGAGGAGCAAGUACGCCAUCCUCCUUGUGUUUGUGGUAGCCCUUGUCAUUAUUGAGAAGGAAAACAACAUCAUAUCAAGGGUGUCAGACAAACUCAAGCAAUCUCCACCAUCCCUGAUGGAAGCUAACAGCACAGACUCUGGUUUGGUGCUAUCAGAGAAUGGUUCCCUCAUGUCCCUCAGUGAGCUGGAUUCGGCUUUCUUCCAGCUGAAAAGCCGGCUUCAGAACGUCACUUUGCAGCUUGGGGGAACUAGGGAACCUUUGCUGGCACCUGUUAAGGGGACCCGGAAACAUGUGCUCUUAAUGGCCACCACCCGCACUGGCUCCUCCUUUGUGGGGGAAUUUUUCAACCAACAGGGCAACAUUUUCUACCUCUUUGAGCCACUGUGGCACAUCGAAAGGACAGUGUCAUUUGAGCCUGGUGGUGCUAAUGCUGUGGGAUCAGCUCUCGUCUACAGAGAUGUUUUGAAGCAGCUCUUCCUCUGUGACCUCUACAUCUUGGAGAACUUCAUAAUUCCAUUCCCAGAGGAUCACCUGACCCAGUAUAUGUUCCGGCGUGGUUCAAGCCGCUCCCUGUGUGAGGAGCCUGUUUGCACCCCUUUUGUCAAGAAAGUCUUUGAGAAGUACCACUGCAAGAACCGCCGCUGUGGCCCCCUGAAUGUGACGCUAGCUGCAGAGGCUUGCCUGCGCAAGGAACACAUGGCGCUUAAGGCAGUGCGGAUUCGGCAGCUGGAGUUCUUGCGCCCUCUGGUUGAAGACCCUCGUCUGGACAUGAGGAUAAUUCAGCUGGUACGGGACCCGCGGGCCGUGCUGGCUUCUCGCAUGGUGGCUUUCUCAGGGAAGUAUGAAACAUGGAAGAAAUGGGCUACUGAAGGUGCAGCGACCCUCAAUGAGGACGAAGUACAGAAGCUGCGGGGGAACUGUGAGAAUAUCCGGCUUUCAGCUGAACUUGGUUUGAAGCAGCCAAAGUGGCUACGUGGUCGCUACAUGCUCGUCCGCUAUGAGGAUAUUGCCAGGUCUCCCCUCCAAAAGGCCAAGGAGAUCUACAGAUUCACUGGCAUCACCAUCACCCCGCAGGUGGAGGAGUGGAUCCAGAAGAAUACUCAGGCACCUCGGGACAGCAAUGGCAUCUACUCCACCCAGAAGAACUCCUCAGAGCAGUUUGAGAAAUGGCGGUUCAACAUCCCCUUCAAGCUUGCCCAAGUGGUGCAGAACGUCUGCAGUCCGGCCAUGAACCUGUUUGGCUACAAACUGGCUAGAAGCCCCGAGACUCUUACAAACAGAUCCGUCAGCUUGCUAGAGGAGAGGAGGACCUUCUGGGUCACGUAAAAUUGGCCUUUUAUGAUGGAUUUUCCUCAUUGUAGCAUUCUGUGAGACUGGAAAAGACAAAACACAAGAAUAGCUGGGGAAGGAACACUUAGCAGAAAGGCUGAGGGGGAACCAUCCUUGGCUGACCCUGCCUCAUGCUUCUGCUUGCCUUGUGCUCCUUGUUCACCCCAGGUGCUUUCUGCUUUGCCUGGGAGCAGAUGUCGCUUGUCAACAUGUUCAGGGCUACUUGAUGGGUUAUAAUGUGGCCAUGCAUGGACAUGAAGAAGAGUUCAGAAGCUAACAAAGGGUGGAGCAGGAGUGCUGAGUUCCAGCUUCCCUACCUCAUGUCCAUUUCCUUCUCAGUGCAGGCACUGUCUCUUCAUUCAUGGAGCAUUUAUACACUAAACAUCCAAAGAGAGAGAAUAUUCUAUUUUUGAAGCUACAUUUACACUUUUUAAAAAGAAAAGAAAAGAAAGAAAUUGGUUUCUCAUCCUGCUGCAGAGAUGUGAGAAAAAGCAGAGUAUUGCACUGAUAUUGCCUAAGGCAGCCUUAAAGAACUUGUCAAGCUGAUAUUUGGGGAGGGUAGCAAAGGUGGGGGACAAGAGAGGAAGGCAAGUUGCUCAACAGAACUGUCAGAAAGGAAUCUGACUGCUUCAUCAUUUUGACAGAGGCUGUUUUGUAUGUGUUUUACUUGAGACCCUCAGAUAAAUUCAUGCCUUGUUUAAACUUGAGGAGAUGUGACUGGCUCACACAAAUCACCAGGAAAAAUGUGGAGUGGAGCCAAAGGUGGGCUCUAUCCACAAUAAGGAUAUUUGAGGCUACAUCACAGACAGUUCCGUACACUUGCUGUGUUUUGCCUUGCUUUGCACCUAAGCCAUUAGAUGAUAGAUAAAAAGCAGACUAUGAAAACCAGAGAGGGAGAGAAUGGAAUUCUAUUCAUCCCACAUCCCUGAGGAUCAAACCUUCAUCAGUGCCAUCCGUUGUUUUGCUCUCCAGUAGUCCAUUUUUAAAAAACCACACAAAUCUGCUGUCUGGUUUUCUCACUUGUCUCUAAAUCUAUUGUUACUGAAUCAUAACCAGUGUCUGGAGACACUUAGAGACAAUAGUUGCUUUCAGUCUGGUGAUAGGAGGCUGUGACUUGUGUCUGUAUUUCCCUCCCUCUAAUAGUUUUUGUGUCUUUUAAAGUGCUGGUUGGAAACUGCUGAUAAUGCUCCACUGCAAUUUCAGAGGGAAUUGUUUUGUGCAGACCAGGCAGUUGAAGCACGGAAAGGAAGAAGUGAAAAGCUAGCAUAUGCACACGAGUACAGCUGGUCUAGUGUUAGGAAGCAGUUUCUGCAAUACGGAGAGACAGAACGCAAGCAAAGGAUUCUUUUUAUCCCUUUCUAGCUCUAGGUUCCAUUUUAUAUCAUGCACCUGCAACUAACAUGUUGUGAAUCAGGUUUGUAAACAGCAGGGCCAAAACGCCAUGAAAUGCAAAUAGUAGGGACAGGUCUGUCACAUUUCAAUUCAGAACUGCAUCAGACCCAUUCAUAACAGCAGUCACUGAAGAUAAAAUCAGAAAGAGAGGAUACUAAUUUGACAGUUAAAGAGAGAGAAGUACUUUCUGCAGUGAGGAAAAAUGCUUCCAGUCUCAACUGAAGUGAAUCAUUUAUUAUUUUAAAAGAGACAUUCCAAGUUUCAUUUCUUUUGCUUCUUUAAUGUCAUUCAAACAGAGGUUCUUAACCUUUGUUGGUUAUAAAUGGCUUAUAAAAACAUUGCUUUAUUUGGGGGGAGGGGGAAGAAGUGGUGAAUAAGAGACCACGUGGAUUUUAGCCUUCUCAGAACGAAUGGUGAAUGAUGUGUUUCAUGAUCCUAGUUCCUGGUGGGUAGGGCGGUGAUAAGAAAAUGAAAGCUGGGCUUUGCACGGCUGUAGCAGAAACUUAUAAUUAUGUGUCAUCAUCCCCCACAUUAAGAAAAAGCAGCUGCUUCUAAGCAGAAAUUUCAGUUAUGACACAGAUAAAAACAAAGAUCUUGCCUCUGAAUUAAAGUUUUAAAAUGUUGCUUCUGGUAUACUGUUAACUCUUUCCAAAGCAUCUGCCAAAGUUAAGACAUUAAGCAAGAUUUUCCACGGAAGGGAUCAGGGAAGGGCUAGAUGUCUGCAUCAACUAACUGUUAAACACAUGCUUGUCCCAUUCACCUAUAAAUUGGGGAUUAAAGUUGUGCUCAAAGGAGAGGAGCAAAACCCGUGUUUAGCAAACUAGCUUUUAGUUUAGUUCACACACAUUUCAGAUUACCAAGGAACAAGGGCAGUGCCCACAUGAUGACUCAUAUGUUUGAAUUCCCCCUCAGUUAUUCAUGUCCUGGACGGCACCCUGGGUAAAGGAGUUGAAGUGGACACAAUCCACCGAAGCUGUAUGUAUUUACUGCUCUCCUGCACAGCAGUUACUGAUAGCAGCUGCCUCAUAGUUGGAGAACUGGCACCAUCUCAAUGGUUGACAGGAUUCAGCUGUUACACCCUCCAGCUCCUGAUGAGGAAGUGCUGCAUGAAGGAAACUCUACUCUGCUGCCACCCUUUCUUUACUUUUUGAAAGCAGAAAGUGAGUUGAGGAGGAGCAGCAGUGGCGGUGGUGGCACUGCUACCACUGCCAGGUAAAGUAGGUGCAAGGCAUGUUGUUCGAGUCUGCAUUGCCUUUGUGGACUGCACUCUCAGUAACUCCCAAACAGUGAGUCUGCAGUUGAUCAUGAGAAAAUUGUAGGUGGGCUGUUUAUGGCCGUUGGUGUUGUGAUGGCAGACAAACAACGAUAAAGGGAUGACUUUUCUUUUAGUUUAUUUAUAUGCCUCUUUUCUACCAAAGAGGGCUAUAAAAUAUCUCACAAGACAAUAAUAUUUGUAACCUGGGAGAAGGGGCACUUUGCCAUGGUCCCCAAAAAUGAACAACAUUUUUUCCCCGGGUCAGCUCAGAAAAUUAUGAGUUUGUAUCAGUUCCCACAACUGCUUCCUAAGCUGGGUGUUUAUAGCAAAAGAAACAUGUAUAGUAACUUUGCACUUGAAGGUGCAGAUUCUUUUUUCUACAGGGAAUAUCUUGGUGUAGAUAAAUCAUCAAUAAAUGAAACAGUCUUAAGCAAUAAGAGUGACAGGAUCUAGCAUGAGACUAGAUCCAAAAUUUACCCAGUCCAAAGGACAGUUUUAUAAAAUCAAUUUAUAUAGAUGUAUAAAUAAAAUUGACAUCUGCAGGAAUUAUUCUGGGAGUGGGGGAACAAAGUAUAUAUAUCCAAAUGGAUUCAUAAAAUAUGUAAGCAGACAUUCAAUCCAGCCAUGAAUACAAAGGGGCUUCCCUACCCCCACCCCCGCCCAUGGAUGCCUAUGGCUACACAAGAGACUUUCUGUUAAUGAAAAGCUGUGCUUCAGAACUAAAAUAGAUCAGAUCCAGAACAGCAAAUUAGUCCUCCAGUUUUCACAUGGUUAGAACACGUUGAACAUCCUCCAGGGAUUCCCUGGUGAAAAUUAACCUGCAUUAUGAGAAUUUCCAACCAGCACUGUGUUUACCAUGUAACAAUGUGUUGUUUCUGUUGUUUACUUUUGUUUGUGCUUUUUUAUUGUGUUGUGUGUUUUCCUCCUCAAUGUCACCCUUUAUUUUUUUAAUUCUGUAUGACAGCUGUGGCAUUGUAAAAAAGAAGUUGCAACUUCCAACAUCUGCAAGACUGUUCCUAUUAUGGAGGUUUCUGUUUUUUCUCCCCGCUCCCCUUUUAGCUGUAAAUGGUGCAGUUGAUUAAUUUAUUUAUUGUAUGGAAAGAGAGGGAAAAUACUUUAUUAGCAGGAAUCAGAGCUGCACCAAAAUAAAUAAAAACAGACUCAGAAAUGUCUCCCAAGAAAUAAAUGCAAUUAAGUUAAGAGUGGUUCUGGUUAAAACAAGA